AUGGAGGCACCGGAUGCCGCUCGGCCCUCUUCACCGCCCCGUUUGUCGGCGGUUGACCCCGACCUCCCCGUCCGCCUCACGGACGCCACACCAGGUCCCACCACCAACACCGCCCUCUUUGCCCUCGCUCGCUUCGAGUUUGAGGUAGGCAAAGGCAACGAAGGCACCAAGAUUCUCAUGGUUGAGUGGGAUCCAUCGGCUUCUCCAACUGCCCAGUCGCCGUCUGCUGUGUCCUCGGCGUCGUCAACAUCCAAGGCCUGGGAAGUAUCGUGGGAUGGCAAGACAAACUACCUACCGGCUAGUGACAAGGUUACUGGAACAAAUAAGCGCGUGUACUUCCUGCUCCCUCCUGGUGCCACCAUUCCGUCCGUCGUUACCAUUUCUCACCCGGACGGUGCAACAUUUGUUACCAGGCCGUUGCCCGCCAUUUUCCCCUCAGGUCUGGGCACUGGCAACUCAGACGUUGGGACACGGGGCAUCCUCCAUACUAUCUGGGCCAAAAGGAGGUUUUCUGAGCUUGAAGAGGAGAUCGAAGUCGAGAUGAAGGCCAAUGCCGAAAGUGUCGGCCUAGUAAUGGUGCUUCAAGAAAGACAAUGGAUUGCCAGUUAUUUUGGUAUUACCCCCAAGAAGGAUGCUGGUGAGAACGCAACGACAACCGCAUCCCGGAUUCUGCCUAGCCCGCAUUCCCCCAGAGCGACAGUUGGCGGCAGACUCGGAGAGAAGCUCAAGGGAUUGAAACUGGCCACGUCUGCCGCUGAUUUGGCCGCUGGUAAGGCUGGUAAGAUGCCUGUUGGCGGCUACUUUGCCUUUCUACGAUCAACACAAACUGAUUCGAUGUCUACAGACAGCAACGCGCUCAUGCGUUCCAUACCCCUUUCUCCAGCAUCCAGUGAUAUGGCGGUCUCGUCCUUCUCGAAUUUUAUGCGACAGACAACGCGUGACCACCCACCGCCAGGGGGUUCGGUCUCGUUGAACACUGUUGUUAACAACAGUGGCCCCCCCUCGAAGCAGCAAGACCAAGACCAGGAAGACGAUCUAUUUGCGCUUCCUAUGAGCCCCCGGAGCCCUGACAUGAAACGAAGCCCAUUCAGCCUUGUCUGA